GUUAAGUGACAAGAUCGCUGAUUCAACGGCCUGGCUUCCCAGCUACUUGGCGCAUCGCCGCAGAGCCCACCAAUCAGCGUGAGAGGCUCGUACGUGCUGCCUUUAUAACGCACGGCAUCACGAGCGGCAGCUCAGUUUGGCAGUGGUACGCAAGCAGUCUACAAGUUCGCUCACCCACCCGUUUUGCGCAGAGGACUAGCAACGAGUACAACGCAGCCUCCAUUGUUUUCAUGUGACCGGAAAGAUUUCCCGCAGAGGCAGGGAUGACACAGCUUUCGAAGUCUGGACUGCAGUGUAGUGCACCUGCAUGCCAUGCCCCAAGCCUGUAAAAUUCACGAAUCUUGCGUCAGAGUUUACACGGAGCGAGAUAUCCCCUCUCGUACUGUGAAAGAAAGCAAACAAACGCAACGACCGCUGGAAAUACCUGUACACUACGAAUACAGCCAAAUUAGCAGGAUAGAUAUACUGUGAAAAAAACUUCUUGCUCGGAAGCAUGUCGCUUCCAACGAAACCAAUCGCUGUCGUCAGGCGAAAGUGGUCUCGCCUCCUCCUGCAAUACGCCUUGCUCGCCAUAAUUGGGAUAUCUGGUAUUUUACUCAUGCCUCUCUUGAUCAUGAGCCACCGUUUCCAAGAAAAAUUUUUCGCUUUCAUCUACGUGAUCGUGCAGCGUUUCUUGAAUGAAGAAGUGACCGUGAUUCGACAAGCCGUCAUGUCUCAGCUCAACGAGAUGUCUCCGCAAGAGCCAUCGUCAAGUGUCCGCGGUCCACUGCGCGUCCUGGAAGUCGGAGCAGCAUAUGGACCAAAUCUAGAGUUCAUCCAGCGACCCGUCGAGUACUGGACGGUAGAACCCAACAGAAGUUUCGAGGAUUCCUUUAUGGGAAACGUCGAGAGAAACUCGAACGUGGAGAUGAAGCAAUUGAUCACCGGACACGGGGAGGACAUGUGCAUGUUGCCAGACGGCUACUUCGACGCCGUUGUCCUCGUCUUCGUACUCUGCUCCGCAAAGGACGGAUCGAAACUCCUGAGCGAAUGCAAGCGUGUUUUAAAGAAGGGUGGUCGCCUUCUCUUCGCUGAGCACGUCGCCUACAAGAGGGGCACCUUCUCAAGGUUUAUACAAGAUACCCUGACCCCACUGACCAAGAAAUGUGCCGGCGGUUGCCACAUGAAUCGCGAAAGCGGGAGUGUGCUGGAAAAUGCCGGUUUCGCUACUAUAGAUAUAAAUACGGUUUACCUCACCGUGCCUGUACUGCUUAGCAAUAACAUCUACGGCGUCGCGAUAGCUUAAAACAUCUGUAAUAAAACAAUUUUUCGGGU